AUGAAUCCUAUUAUUCAGCAAAUAUUGCAAAACAUCGAUAGACUAGGACAGGAACUACAACGAGCCGACAGGAACAACAACAACCGUGCAAAUAAUCCAGAAACUCCAAGUGCCCCAACUCAGAAUACGGCUAGUACCAGCACUGAAGUUUCAAGAAUUUUUAGGGGACCAACUUCUGCAAGUACUAAUGCCUCCCCUGUUUCUGCUCUGUCCACUCAACGAUUACCUGCUGCAUCGAACACAGGUCCACGUUUCAGGCUUCGCCAAAAUUUUCCCCAGACAAACAGAGGCAGGAAAAAAGAUAAGCCAGCUACAGGUGCUUUUACAAAGGAUGUGAUUUUGUUAAGUGGUCCGAAUGAUACUACUGUACCACGCCAAGGUAGCCGUGUAUGGUUAAUGGAACAUCACCAUAUUCUGUCUGGUGUGCAGCUUAGAAAAGAGUGGGAUAGCGAUAAACUGUUGUCAUUUCUUAAACAGUUAUUCCCAUCAAAGCUGAUGGAUUCAGAUGAUGUUGAAAUUUUACUGUCAGUUCAUUCCAAAUUGUUACCACCUACUCUGGCACCAGGGCAGUCACUCUCUGGUUUUGUACUGCAAAAAAUAUUCAAGGACAAGCCACUUUACAUACGACCUUCUCGACUAAUCCUGACUAUGGAAAUUGAUGAGCCACUGGCAAAGAAAGAAAAGUUGGAAGAUGAGGCUUUUGAGGAAUUUGCAAUGAAUUCAAUCUGGGAAGAUGACUAUGCCAUUGAACCAGAGCAGUCCCGAAAGAAAGAUGUGGAAGUGAUAGAAAUUGACUCAUCAACUACUAGUUCACUGACUAGCCUACCGACUAGCCUACCAAUUACCAGUAGCCCAACAACCACUUGCACACAAACCACCAACCUGCAAGCCUCUCACUCAAUGACCACCAGUUUCCAAAAUCCAGACCCACCAACCACUUACCUGCAAUCCCAUAACCCACCAACCACCAGCCCACAAUUCCCUAACCCAACAGCAAAUGACCCACCAUCUGGCAUUGAUCAUGUUAUUGUACAGCAAUGCAUUGAUUACUGUCAUGAGAAAAAUAUCGAAGACCCAGUGGAAAUAUUAAGAGUUGCCCAACAAUUUAUUGUAACAGGUCGGAAGUUAGACGUCGUAUCCCUCACUGAAUGUGUAGAGGGAGAGACAAACUAUAUUCUGAUUAACCGCCAAGAUGUGUUGAACAGGGCAAUGGAAGAAAUAAUGCCCUUGAUCAAUCCAAGAUUAACAUUGGAGGUGUCCUUUUAUGGGGAGGCAGCCACAGACUAUGGUGGGCCGAGGAGAGAAUUUUUUCGGCUGUGUAUGCAGGAAAUCAAAGCUCGAUACUUUGAUGGUGGACUCAAGGAUCAUCUAUUUGCCGACUACACUGUUAUUGGCUUAAUUAUGGCUUUAAGCAUUUUACAAAAUGGCAAUAUUCCAAGGUUCAUUCCUCCAGAUAACCUGCAAGAGCUUUUUUUUUCUGAAAGCCCAUCUCGAUGCUUGCAGAGUCUUCGUAGAGGUUUAGAAAAACUGGGAGUGUAUCAAAUAGGAAAAGCAAUCCCUAGCUUCCUAUAUCUUUUCCAUGAGUCGCCCACUGCAACAUUGUCUAGGAGAAAGCUGAUUCAUAUCCUUUCUCCUAGCUUUUCUGAGGAAGGGUCAAAUGCCCGUUCAGAUGAGAAUGUGGCCUAUCAGUGCUUUCUCAAAUACUUACAAGCUGCAGCGAGUGGGACAAGGGGCUCAAUAACAUUGGAACACAUAUUGCAAUUUGUUACUGGGGCAGACAUGGAACCUCCACUUGGCUUUGGAUUGUCCCCAACUAUAACCUUUCCACCUGCAGAUGACCCCAGUCCCUGGUCAUUCGUUCCGUCAGCAAACACAUGCACCAACACAUUACAUCUACCAAGAGGUGUAUCAGGGAAGCUUACUCGGCCAGAAGAAGCUGUGCUAUUUGACAUUUCUGAUAUAGCAUUUGCAAAUGCAUACUUUGGCAGGGCUUAG